GCCCAUUUGCCUUUCGACAUCAGAAAGAGAGAGAUCAAACUCACAAACUCUCCCCUUGGAUCAUUUCGCCCUGGCCCCGUGCCGUGUAGAGGGCGCCGCCUCCUCGCUACCACGCGUUGCCUCACCACCCCUGGUAUCGUACUCGACACGGCCGCUAUGUAACCAUGCAUCUCACGGCACGCAAAGAUGUUGAAGAGGCUCAUACCUUUGUCAACCCAUGGACUGAACUGAACGCCGGCCUCUGGUCGCUCUUCGCCGGUGCGACUAUCUUUUUGGCCCUGCGACUCUGGGUCAAGGUGACCCGUCGUCACGGCCUCUGGUACGAUGAUUAUAUCCUGCUCGUUUCGUGGUGCAUCUUGCUCGCCAACAAUGCUUUGAUCGUUCAUCAGUUCGCCACGGGCUACGUGCUCGAGAACUCGGCCAUGGAGUGGGACGAUCGCAUGCACAUUCUCAUCAACAUUUCAUCAUGCGGUACCCUCAUCGGCCAGGCCCUGACCAAGACAGCCUUUGCGGUGACGCUCCUUCGCAUGAGCAACCAGUGGCAGAAAUGGGUGCUGUGGUUCUGCAUUGUCACCAUGAACCUAUACAUGGUCCUCAAGGUCUUGUUCCAGUGGGCCAAGGUGUGCGACAAGAACGGCUACGACAACUGGUAUCGCCUUGAUUUCUGCAUCUACUGGAGCUUCCGGGACAAGUUUAAGGAGGGCGGCAACGAUCGCAACGGCCUGUCUCAAGUCUGGUACUCAUCUGAAAUCACGGGCACCAUCAUCGUGCAGUGCAUACCGAUCCUCCGACCCAUCUUGCGCGACAUCCACGCGACACUGACCUCGAAGCGGCUCAACUCAUCGGCCGACGCGCGCAGCACUGGCGUCUGGGGCAGCAAGCUCGAGACUAAGAGGGCAUCAACGGUGAUCAUGGAUGCCGACCGCAAGGACAGCGAACGCAUGGAGCUGCGCGAGAUCCCCGAGGAGGAGUCGGCUGAGGAAGACUGGAAGGAGAGGCACACGUCAUCGUCGCCAUCAGAAGCGACAUCAGCGACACUAGUAUCGCCGCGGACUGACGCCUGGCCGUUGGGCAAGACGUCAGAAUCUGGGACAGCUGGGACACCCGGAUCGAGGAGUCUGGAGGCCGAGCCGGACGGUGCGUCGAACUAUUCGAGUGUGGGAUAUGAUGUUGAACAGAACGGACUGUCAGCGCCGCCACGGAGGAUGUACCUGUAG